AAACUAAUCAAUCUUCGCUAAAAGUUGGUAAAAGCUAUGUUGACAGAGAUAAACUUGUGUCUCUGGUACUGAUUCUUAGAUGAAAAAAUGUCCUGCGAGAUAGUGGUGUUUGUCAAACUCACAGCGAGAACAAUCCUGCCAGAUUACUUGACCUCAAACAUCUUUCUCUCUGCUCCAUAAACUGGGGUGGGGUGAAGGAGUGGGCUGAACAGAAGAAUAUGUUGAGCACUGCAAAGAUGAUCUGCUAUGACAAGAAGCUGAGACAGACAAGGCCUGAACAGCUGAAUGACCUCAUUGUGGUCCCACUGCACUCCAGAGUAAAUGGCUGGUCUUCACCACUCCACUCUUUCCAGCUAAUCACCCUGCUGUUCUAUUCAUACCUAGCAAUAGUGGGCUUUGGUAUCUACAUACCUCUUCUCCCAUAUGAAUGGAAAUAUGUUGCCUAUGCUGUGAUCGGUAUAAUUUUUAUGCAUCACUUAAUCACACAUCUUGUUGCAAUCACUAUUGAUCCAGCAGAUCAAAACAUAUUGAUUAAGAAGAAUUAUAAGAAACCUAUGCCAAUUUUUGACCGAAGCAAAUGCAAACAUGUUAUUCAGAACCAACACUGCUAUCUUUGUGAAGCUGAUGUAGGGCCAAAGACAAAACACUGUAGCACUUGCAAUAAGUGUAUUGCAGACUUCGACCACCACUGUAAUUGGCUUAAUAACUGUGUUGGAAGCAGAAAUUACUGGUUUUUCUUCAAUGCAGUUGCUUCUGCUGUUGCUGGGAUCCUCCUGCUGAUAUUGGUGAUCCUGUAUGUCUUCAUCCAGUAUUUUGUGAAUCCAGCACAACUCCGCACAUCUCCUCAGUUUGAAAGUAUUGUUCCAGUAACUUAAAAUAACAUUUUUAACAACAAUAUGAUCUAGUACUAAUUGUUGAAAUGAAAG